AUGCCCAAGCGCAAGCACUCCCCGUCUCCCUCGCCAGAUCCCGAUUCUCCCGACAUUGUCUUCGUCAAGAUGGAGGUGACCCCUUCUCCUGACAAGCGCGAGUCCGACUCGAGCGACCUCCCCGACGUCAAGCCCAAGGUCAAGUCCGAGGGAAGCAAGCCCGGCCGCAAGCCUGGCGUCUCGUACGCGUCCAAGAAGUGGAGUGGUGCGGAACUGCGCCAACUCUUCCUCCUUGGUCUUGGGGGAGGAGAGAGUGGAGGCGUCCCAGCUGCCCGGUUCGAGGCUAUGCCCGGUCGUAGCGUUUCGCAAUGUACGAAUGCGUGGCGUCAGCGCGUCAUCCCCGUCGUCCUUAAGGCUCUUGGCGACGUGGGGGAGCCCGGCGAAACUGGCCAUCCGGAUUCGCAGUAG